CACACGCCUUUCCUCCUCCACCUCCUGUGAACAAAAACCUCAUAUAUUCUCUGUUGAAACAAUCGCCGACUAGGUCUGAAUAUACGCUACCAAACCGAUCACCGACGACGAAUCUCGCCGCAGAACAAACAACCUACCCACGACCGAUGAAUUCUCUCCCUUUCACGACCAUCUCAAAAUGUUCGCAACUAAUUCGGUUCUCAACUUAGUUCUUGGAAUUCCAUUCAAGGUCAAUUCUCGCCAUGUAUAGACUUUUGACAUUUAAGAAUCUAAAGAGAGCUGCACAUUUUGCUCAUUUAAACCAGGGAGUUCUCUAUGGAGAAGGAAAGAAGUGUGGGGAAGUUGUUACUAAUGGGUUAUCCUCCUCCCAACGGAGAUUACAAACUGGAUUUAUUUUCCCUAGAAAGUAUGCUUCAUUCAUUCCAUACGGUUUCAAGAAAAGUUUUUUCAAUAAUUAUUGUGCCGUCCCCUCAAAUACCAUGUCAGCUCAUCAUGCUCAAAUUCCUUGGAGACGGCUGUUACAGGCAUCUCCUAAUAGAUCACGGCAAUCUAUUCGCUGGGUAGCCCAAGCAGUUAGCUUGGCCUUGAACCGGUCUUAUGUGGUUGUACCAGCAGCAUUUGCUCUUACUUGUGGUAGUUUAUCCGUGGCACAAUCAUCAGCAGAUCCAAACCCCUUCCAUUCAAGGAAACCGUUAUCCAUGCGAGCUGAAGAUGGGCGCGCUUUGUUUACAUCUAUAUUAUUCUCGGUGUUUGAAGGCAUUGUUUUGGUUUUUAGAGCUUUUUGUUUGACAGUUUUGUUCUCACCCUGCAUGGUAAUGGCACCAUUUGCCGAUUCUUUUGGGCUUCGAUUCAGACAGACAUGGCUUCGUGUUGUGCUUCGGACACUUGAAAUAGCUGGCCCGGCGUUCAUAAAAUGGGGCCAGUGGGCAGCUACACGUCCCGAUCUUUUCCCCAGAGAUCUAUGUGCUGAGCUUUCGAAGCUUCAGGCAAAUGCUCCUCAACAUAGCUUUUCUUACACCAAAAGAAGUGUGGAGAAAGCAUUUGGGCGUAAAAUUUCAGAAAUUUUUGACAAUUUCGAGGAGGUUCCUGUUGCCUCUGGAAGCAUUGCUCAAAUUCAUCGGGCUACUUUGAAACUUAAGAAGGGACAGACGAAACCAAUUGUAGUUGCUGUCAAAGUUAGACAUCCUGGAGUUGGUGAAUAUAUAAGAAGGGACUUCAAUAUAAUUAAUAUUGUAGCCAAGGGUUCCACAUUCAUCCCAACUCUAAAAUGGCUAAGGUUGGAUGAAAGUGUCCAGCAAUUUGCAGCUUUCAUGUUGUCUCAAGUUGACCUGGCACGGGAGGCUGCACAUCUAAGUCGAUUUAUCUACAAUUUUCGUCGAUGGAAAGAUGUCUCUUUUCCAAAGCCUGUUUAUCCUCUUGUCCAUCCUGCAGUUUUGGUGGAAACUUUUGAGCAAGGAGAAAGUGUGUCGUACUAUGUCGACGGACUUGAAGGGCAUGACAGGCUUAAAAAGGCACUUGCUCAUAUUGGAACUCAUGCACUUCUGAAGAUGCUUUUGGUUGACAACUUCAUCCACGCGGACAUGCAUCCUGGGAAUAUUCUUGUCCGUGCACAGAACGAGUCUUCUGAAAAGAAGCUUUUCAAAUCAAAGCCGCAUGUGGUUUUCCUUGAUGUUGGUAUGACAGCUGAACUUUCUAGAAACGACCGAGUAAAUUUGAUCGAAUUCUUUAAGGCUGUUGCCACUAGAGAUGGAGAAACAGCAGCUCAUAGCACUCUCAUGUUAUCUAAGAAGCAGAACUGCCCCGACCCAGAGGCAUUCAUCAAGGAAGUUAAGGAGGCGUUUGAUUUCUGGGGUACUCCAGAAGGUGAUUUAGUUCACCCUGCUGAUUGCAUGCAUCAUCUUCUUGAGCAAGUUAGACGGCAUAAGGUCAAUAUCGAUGGCAAUGUCUGCACUGUCAUGGUUACCAUGUUAGUCCUCGAGGGUUGGCAAAGGAAACUUGAUCCAGAGUAUGAUGUGAUGCACACUUUGAGGACCUUACUUCUCAAGGCAGAUUGGGCAAAGUCUCUUACUUAUACAAUAGAAAGCCUCAUGGCCCCUUAAGAAGAAAAGUGUUAUUAUAAUAAUAACAAUAUUAUAUAAUGUUGAAAUUCAAAUUGUUGGCAGAAAUGAUUUUCCAACAUGUCUGCCAAUCUUGUACAUCUGAAUAAUGUUGUGUUUAUAUUUUCCCUAGGAUUUGGGUUGUUUAUUACUCACUCCAUAAGGCAACAAUAGAUUUGUUGAUUUUUUUGUGUAGUUUUCUUUUUUUUC